AUGCCGGACGCGAAGAAGAGAACCGCCACGACGGCCGACGCCCCUGCGGCAAAGAAGCGCCGCACCGACAAGGACGCGCAAAAAUACUACGCCGUGCGCGCGGGUGUGCGUCCCGGCGUCUACCUGACGUGGCCCGAGUGCCAGAAGCAGAUUAACGGCUUCGCCGGCGCGCAGUACAAGUCCUUCCUCUCGCGCGACGACGCGCUCGCCUUUGUGGCCGGCAAGAACCCCGCGCCGCCAGCCUCGGGACCGCCCCAGCCGGCCAAGUUUUACGCCGUGGCGCGCGGCGAGCAGCCAGGCAUCUACACGGACUGGCCGACGGCGCAAAAGGCCAUUGGGCUUAACGCCAAGGGCAAGGGGCCCAAGUACAAAAAGUUUGAGACGAGGGCCGAGGCCGUCGAGUUUAUCGAGGAGUUUGGCGACGCGACGACCAUCGCCAAGGUGACGGGGGGCCACGGCGGCAGCGCCGCGCUGACGAAGAAGACGACGGCCACGGCCCGGGGCGCGCAGGAGGCCGUGGGCCAGGGCAUGCUGGCCAUCUACACAGACGGGAGCAGUCUUGCGAACGGCAAGGUCGGGGCCGCGGCGGGGGUGGGUGUUUUCUUUGGCGUGGACGAUGCGAGGAAUCUCUCCGAGCGCCUCGAGGGCGAGCCGCAGACGAACCAGCGCGCGGAGCUGACGGCCAUCAUCCGAGCCCUGGAGAUCGCGCCCGACGAGCAGGACGUGCAGAUCUUCACGGACAGCCAGUACUCGAUCAACUGCGUGACGUCCUGGUACAAGGGCUGGCAGAAGAAGGACUGGCACAACUCAAAAGGCGAGCCGGUGAAGAACCGGGACCUCGUCGAGGAGGUGCGGGAGCUCAUCGAGACGCGCGAGGCCGAGGGCGCGAGCACCGUCUUCACCUGGGUCAAAGGGCAUGCCGAUAACGUGGGGAACACGGCGGCGGAUCACCUCGCCGUCGCUGGCGCGCGGAUGCCGCCGAGGUAG